UGUCACAUUACUCGACAGCCCGCACAUUCACUUUGCCAUUGCUUUAGCCUUUGUGCUGUAGCUUGCAAGGAACGUCGGAGGAGGACGGACUGAGCGCUACUACUGCUUGCCCGGCCGGCGGACAGACACCGCACCAGUGCCCGCUCGUUUGCUUGCGGGCGGCGUCGGCGGCGGCCACCGAUCGCAUCGCGGCGAGAUCGAUGGCGACAAGGUGCUUCUUCCCCAGGGACGCGGUGGCCGAACGGCACCAGUCCAAGGCGGCCGCGGAGGCGCUCGAGCAGCUGCACCACGGGGGGCGCGUCCUGUCCCGGGAGGAGGUGGGCGGCGCGGUGCGCGUCAAGAUCGUGGUCAGCAAGCGUGAGCUCAAGAAGAUGGUGGCCGCCCUCGGCACCGGCGGCGAGGUGGCGGCCGCUGCGGCGUCUGCGGAACGCCGCAGCCGCCAGCGCGCGGCGGGCGGCGGCACCGACGCCGAGCAGAGGCUGCAGUCGCUCCGGCGGCGCAGCAUGCGCAGGGCGGCCGAGGAGACGAGGCGGAUGCAGGCGAGCGGGGAGUGGGAGCCCGGCCUCCAGAGCAUCCCCGAGGAGGUCUACUGAGUUACCGCUAGUGGUCUAGUAGAUGGCGCCGUCGGUGAUGGUUAAUCACUUUACUAAUUAUAAGGUUGGGUUUUGAUCACCUCCUGCUAAAUGCUACUCGUAGAUGUAUGUGUACAGUGCUCUUGAUUUGUUCCUGUUCCUUGACUAUGAGGGUUAAACUUCUGCUGGUUAAUCCUCCUCCUCCAUCAGCUUGUGCGAUUUUUUCCGGUUAAAUUUUGGGGAUUGUGUGAAACAGAUGAAAAAUGAGAGGUGAUCUGACUACAAUGCAAGAGCUGCAUUCAUCUGAAA